UCGUCUGCAACCAGCCGGGACCAGGACUGCCUCGCCGUCCAGUUACUCCGGGAGCUUCAGCAGGGCAGCCUCGCGGCUUGGAUAACUCCUCCCCGAAAACUUUGGCCCUCUCUUUUUGGCAUCCUCGUCUUUAAUCUAUCGCCUCCCUCCCCUCACCCCGACCCUCGGGGCGGCCCAGGCGUCCUCGGCGGGACAAAGGGAGGAGGAAAAGCAAGAAAGACUCGAGCUACCCCCAAACGGGUCUUCAGUGGGGCCGGUGAAAAGGCCGGGGACGGGGGAGCUGUCUCUGCCCCUUUCAGUCCUCCUCCUCCUCCUCCUCCUCCUCCUUCGUCCUCCCUCCACUUCGUCCUCGUCUUGUGUCGCUGCAGAGGGCGGGAAGAUCACGCGUGUCCGGGCGAGGACCGGCUGUGUCCGCGGGGGGAAUUAUGCGGCGUGUGUGGACACUACUGACCCUGGGCUUGGUGGCGGCCUGCGUGGCCGGACAGUCGAAAGUAGAGGUGACAUCUGAUAAAGACAUGUACCUUGACAACAGCUCCAUUGAAGAAGCAUCAGGAGUUUACCCUAUUGACGAUGAUGAUUAUGCUUCGGCGUCAGGCUCAGGAGCUGAUGAAGAUGGCGAGAGCCCUCAGAUGACCACAUCCCGUACGCUUCCCAAGAUCCCAUCCACACCUGUUGGUCCGAAAGUUGAGACGACGACACUGAAAAUACAGACCAGGAGUCCUACUCAGACAGAGUCACCUGAAGAAAUUGACAAGGAAAACAUUCAGGAUUCUGAAUCUGGAAAAAAAAUGGAGUCAGCUGAUGAGGAUGUUCAUACUGAAAAGCACUCAGACAAUCUGUUUAAGAGAACAGAAGUACUAGCAGCUGUCAUUGCUGGUGGAGUUAUUGGCUUUCUCUUCGCAAUUUUCCUUAUCUUGCUUUUGGUAUAUCGCAUGAGAAAGAAGGAUGAAGGCAGCUACGACCUUGGAGAACGUAAACCAUCCAGUGCUGCUUAUCAAAAGGCACCUACUAAAGAGUUUUAUGCGUAAAACUCCCUCUAAGUGUCUCUAUUUAUGAGAUCACUGAACUCUUAAAAAUAAAGCUUUUGCAUAGAAUAAUGAAGAUCUUUGUUUUUUUGGGUUUUUUUUUUUCAUUAAAGAGCCAUUCUGGCACCUUUAUGACAAAAUUCCAUUGUAUUUAAAACUUUUCAUGUAUUCCUUUAGAACAACAUAAAAUUAAAACUUAACGUCUGCAGUGUUCUGUGAAUAGCAGUGACAAAAUAUUAUUUUAUACAGACCCUUGAUGUUCACGGAAUCAUUUUAAACCUUUAUGCGUAUAUAUGAAAUAAUAGAAAUGAUUGUUUUAUCCUAUGGUUCGAUAAUGAAAGUUGUUUAAUUUUUGUCAGCAUGUCUCAGAUUGAUCUUACAAGUUAGUCUUAUUUCAUUAAUUUAUGUUGUUCCUGCCCCUCCUCCCCCCCAGAAAAAAGAACGCCUUUUGUAGCUGUCAUGGUGCAAUUUGUCCUCAAAUAAUUCAGAUAACAGUAAUUUAGUGUAAAUGUGAUUUUUCAGCUCUGUCAACUUUAACCUCCACUUUGUAUAAAUUUUUGAGUGUCCGAAUAUCCAUUUUACACUUGCUUUGUUUCUCAGUGUACCUGUAGCUGCAGAUUUAUUUGCAACAGCAAAUGACAGAAGUGUGUAAAAUUGGAAUGUUACCACAAAGCUGUAUAGUCGUAUAUUUACUACUCAAGUCUUCUUUCAGAAAGAUUUGAUGUAAGUUACUGACAAGCCUAAGCAAACCCAAAGACUCUAACAGUAUUCAGAGAAGUUGCUGCAGAUUCCUAUGGCCACUGUAUUUGUUAAUUUCUUGCAGUUUGAAGGUACAAAUAGGGGUUUAAAGAAAAAUUUGAGUUUUGUUCUUUAAAAUGCAUUUCAGUUGUAAACGUCUUUUUAAGCCUUUGAAGUGCCUAUGAUUCUAUGUAACUUGUCGCAGACCGGUGUUAAUGAGUAUAUAUAACAGUUAAAAAAAAAAGUUGGUAUUUUAUAAGCACAGACAAUUCUAAUGGUAACUUUUGUAGUCUUACAUGGAUAGAUAUAAAUUGUAAUUUGGGAACAUAAACACUACUGAAUAAAUCAUGUGGCCUAAUAUUGAAA